GUUGAAUCGUACAUUCACCUCACAAGUAGUAUCCUCACUGAUAUUCUUAUAUAACCAAUCAUGCCAAAGAUCUACACUUGCUCUCACUGCAACCAAACUUUUCCCAAGUUCGCCGACUGCAAGAUACACGAGGCCCUGCAUUCACCAACAGAUGCGUACUUCUGCACCUGGGGCGGCGGGUGUAACUUUGUGACGUUGAAUAAAUCAAGCUUCAUUGUCCAUACUGAUGGACAUACGGGCGAGCAACGCUACAUCUGUCCCCAUGAUGGCUGUAACUACAGAACUCACAUCCCUUCCAGCCUCACGUACCAUCGCAAGAAAGAACAUGGGUAUGUUCCUCGGCCGUGCAAUCGUCGCGGUCCCUCUGCAACAGAUUCAUCCGGGGCCCAGUCGUCGUCCCAGCCUCCGCCGGCGGCAGAGCCCCUUCCACUUACAUUCCACCAAUACCAACCCCAACCCAUGCAACCGCAGGCCAUGCAAUCCUAUCCCACCCAAUACCAACCCCAAUCCACUCAAUAUCAGCCUCCCCCGCCUAUCCACAACCAGUCGCUGGGAGCCUUAUACGGCCCAGCAGAUACCGCGGGCGACUAUACCAUGUAUACCGGACCCGCGAUGGCCCCAAAUGGGUGGACUGAGGGAUGCAUGUUUCCUGAGAUGAUGCAGAGACGCCCUUCGGAGAUGCCAGGGUAUGAGUAUAGGUGUGCUUAGCUUUACGUCAUCUCAAGAAUCCAGCGUCAUUUUGUGUCG